AUGGACUAGGAAAUAAAAAAGCUUGAAUAACUCAAGUAAUAAGAAAUAUUGUUGAUGUAAUAGAUUUAUGAAAAGAAAAUUAAUUACUUGAAUACAAAAAUAUAAUUAUUAACAGAGGAAUCACAAUAAAAAGAUAUUGUAUUACAAAAUCUAAAAAAUGCAUCUUCAGAGAAUCAUAUUGAAUAAUAGGAUAAAACUCAAGACAUAAAGAAUUUAGAGAUGUAAAAAUAAAAAAUGGAUGAUUAAAAGGAUAAAGAAUUGUAAAAAUUAAAAACACAGUACUAGCUUGAUUUAUAAAAUAUUCAUCAACAAAUGAGGAAUCGAGACUCCAUUAUAGAAUAAAUGAAAUUAGAGAUUAAAAUGUUUGAGCAGUCCUCAAAAUAGAACCUCGACGAUUAAAAAGUGCAAAUCCUUUCUUAAAUCAUGGAUGUUUGCAAUGAAUUGCUUGUUUAAUUGUGA